AUGGGCGCUCUCGGCGUUUUCUUGUCUGUGUGCUGGCCCCCCAACCUCAUUCAAUAUCUCAGGGAGUUGUACCCCAGCGAGCCCAAGUGGUCAGCGGACAGCAUAGGCGACCUUACCGGCAAGGUCGUCCUUGUUACGGGCGCUAACACAGGCAUUGGGUAUGCCUCUGCAUUGCAGCUUGCGAAGCACGGCGCAACUGUCUAUGCCGCAGCUCGCUCCCAGCAGAAAGGCACGACUGCUGUUGAAAAGAUGAAUUCAGAACUUGCGGCGCAGCCCCGCGGGAUGAAGCCCGGCAAAGUGAAUUUCUUGCACUUGGAUCUGGUCAACUUGAAGAGCGUCAAACGCGCGGCAGACGAGUUCCUCAGUAAGGAAGACAAGCUGGAUGUGCUUCUCAACUCAGCUGGUAUUAUGACGCCGCCCAAGGGCAGCGAGACAGAGUCUGGCAUUGAACUACAAUUUGCUACAAAUGUUCUUGGACACUUCGCUCUGACAGAAUUCCUCCUCCCGGUGCUCCUCCGCACGGCCAAGGCGUCCACCGAUGGAACAGUCCGUGUGGUCAAUGUCUCCUCUCUGUCUCCGGCUUUUGCACCAUCGGGCGGGAUCAACUUCGAGAACCUCACGUAUCCCAUCUUCUUAGCAUUUGGCAUCUAUGGCCAGUCUAAGAUGGGGAACAUUGUCUUUUCGAACGAGCUUGCUCGACGGUACACGGAUGCUGGCAUUAUCUCGGUAUCGCUGAACCCAGGAAAUAUACAGACGGAACUGUGGAGACAUCAGACAUCGUUCUUCGAUCUAAAGACAAUCGUCAAGAAAUACCCCAUUGAAUACGGCAUGCUCACACAGUUGUACGCCGCAACGUCGCCGGAUAUUACCAAGGCUGACUCUGGUGCAUACUUUGCCCCUUGGGCGCGCAAGACGAUCCUUGCGCGGAAGGAGGCGUAUGAUCCAGUCUUAGGCAAGCGGCUGUGGGACUGGUGCGAGGGUCAGAUGGUCAAGGCUGGGAUGCCGCCGCUGGACAGCGACGCACAGCCUGCGUUCAAUCCCGUUCUACCAAGUUCAAUCCCGUUCUACCAAGUUCAAUCCCGUUCUACCAAGUUCAAUCCCGUUCUACCAAGUUCAAUCCCGUUCUACCAAGUUCAAUCCCGUUCUACCAAGUUCAAUCCCGUUCUACCAAGUUCAAUCCCGUUCUACCAAGUUCAAUCCCGUUCUACCAAGUUCAAUCCCGUUCUACCAAGUUCAAUCCCGUUCUACCAAGUUCAAUCCCGUUCUACCAAGUUCAAUCCCAUUCUACCAAGUUCAAUCCCGUUCUACCAAGUUCGAGGUCAGCGGCAAUUGAUGGCUCGCGCAAUCUCUCAUCAUACUCCCGCCCUCGGCGAGUCAUCCAUACGGCCAACGUCCUGGGACAUGCAUGUCCGCAUACCCCCAUUGCGAUUGCUUGCGAGGCCUUGCCAGAUAUCAGCCGUUCACAGAUCCAUCCCGAAGUUCUCCUCGCGAUCUGCAUUCCCGAACCUCCAGGCGCGUCUUACACAGAACCUUGCGCACCAGCCGGCGAAACACCGUAGCGUACCGCCGAAAGCAGUUGCGAAGAGUCCGGCGGAUUUAGGACAUGAUCCAGUGCACUUGACUCAGUCGGAACAGCGCAGGAAGGAUUGGCAGAUCGUGAAGCGCCUAGCGGAAAAUAUCUGGCCAAAGAAUGAUUGGGGCACUCGAGGCCGAGUGUUGUUUGGAUUUGCGCUACUUAUAUCUGGGAAGCUGCUGAAUGUGCAAGUCCCGCUGAUAUUCAAGCACGUUAUUGACGCACUGAAUGUUGAGAUUACCGCCGGGAGCACGGUUUGGAUAGUCGCAGGGUCACUCAUACUGGGCUAUGGCGCAGCACGUGUCGGCUCGACACUUUUCGGGGAGAUGUUGAACGCGGUCUUUGCUAGAGUCGGGCAGCGCGCCGUCCGCAAGGUUGCAAGGGAGACAUUUGAACACCUGCUAAAUCUCGACCUUAAGUUUCAUCUAUCCCGGCAUACGGGAGGUCUCACAAGGGCUAUUGAUCGUGGCACGAAGGGAAUCACAUUUAUCAUGUCAGCAGUCAUAUUCCGUAUCGUGCCCACAGCACUGGAAAUCUCUCUAGUGUGUGGCAUCUUGACAUACAAAUUCGGCUGGGACUUUGCAGCGAUCACCUUUGCAACGAUGGCGGCCUACACCUGGUUCACGGUGCGGACCACAUCUUGGCGUACGAGGUUCCGUCGAGAAGCAAAUGCUGCAGAUAAUAAGGCUGCGACGGUGGCAGUCGAUUCAUUGAUCAAUUACGAGGCAGUCAAGCACUUCAACAACGAAAAAUAUGAAGUUGCAGAGUACGAUAAACACCUGUCGACGUAUGAGAAAUCAUCGAUCAAGAUUGCGACGUCACUUGCACUUCUGAAUUCGGGCCAGAACGUCAUAUUUUCUACCGCACUGACCACGAUGAUGUUCCUCGCCGCGCAAGGAGUGGUCAAUGGUACGAUGACCGUCGGUGAUCUGGUGAUGGUGAACCAGCUGGUGUUCCAGCUUUCUCUGCCACUGAACUUCCUGGGAAGCAUCUACAGAGAGAUGCGGCAGAGCCUCCUGGACAUGGAGGUACUAUUCAAUCUGCAAACACAAAACCAGCCACCCAAGGACAACCCGAACGCAAAGCCGUUGGCCAUGCGUGGCGGUGCCAUCAGGUUUGAGAAUGUGGCAUUCGCGUACCACCCCGAGCGGGCGAUCUUCCGCAACCUCUCAUUCACGAUCCCUGCGGGUAAAAAGGUGGCGUUUGUUGGGCCGUCCGGGUGCGGGAAGUCUACGAUUUUCCGGCUGCUAUUCCGCUUCUACGACCCCGCCUCUGGGCGCAUCCUCAUCGACGACCAGGAUAUCUCCGAUGUGCAGCUGACCUCGCUCCGCGGCGCGAUCGGCGUUGUUCCGCAAGAGACCCCGCUCUUCCACUCAAAUAUCCUGCAGAAUGUGAGGUAUGGCCGCCUGGAUGCAUCGGAUGAGGAGGUUUUUGCUGCAGCGAAGAAGGCGAACGCGCAUGACGCGAUUAUGCGACUGCCAGAGAGGUACAAGACGAAGGUGGGUGAGCGUGGGCUCAUGAUCUCCGGAGGGGAGAAACAACGACUGGCGGUGGCUCGUGUAUUGCUGAAGGAUCCUCAGAUUCUGUUCUUCGACGAGGCGACGUCUGCCCUGGAUGCACAUACAGAAGCAGAGCUGAUGCGCAACAUCAAUUCUUUGUUACGAGACAAAGCCCGUACUAGUAUAUUCAUCGCUCAUCGGCUGCGCACAGUUGUUGAAGCAGACAUCAUAUUCGUGUUGAGAGACGGUGCAAUCGUCGAGCAAGGCACUCACGAAGAGUUGUUGCGAGCAGGCGGGGUCUAUCAAAGCAUGUGGCUGGAACAGGCGUCGCAUGCAAAUGCGGACACGGAAGAGGAACCUGCCGAGGCUGAGACCCAGUAA